UAAAGCUAUUUACUGGGUCGCGACUGGCCAUUAAUGUUUACAAUUGGUUCUUAAAAGUUGAGCAAAACAGUCGAAUGAAUAUAAUAAGUAUUUUUUACCUCCAAAUUGAUGCUUUGACCAGGUUCAAUGAUAAGAGGGCAUGAUAUUACAGAUACAUUUUCUUGGGAACAAGAGUCUACAUAUUACUCUUUGAUUACGUCACUGUAAUGUUUCGAAACCCAUGGUGGAGAGAAUAUAGCGUGUAUUUCCUGGCGUGAAACAAGAAGUAAACGUUAUAAUAAUAAGUAUUUGAUUUAAUUUUGGACUAUAGUGUAAAGAAGUAUGUGAAAAUAACGAACUUUUUGAAGUUAUGAAUGAAACUAAAACGUCAUCAAUAAUGUAUUCAGGAGAGAAUCUGCAACAUUUCCAAGGACCUUAUUCCAGAAUUCAGGAAGCUGGUGAAAACAUCAGAUUGGCUCAUAAUGUUUUAUUAUCAACAGAAAACUACGUGUUGACAGGUUCUUACCCAGUAGCAUCAACAUCUUUUGUUAACAUGAGUUACAAUUAUGACAAGUUUUCAGGGUUUACACAAAACCCUGUUGCCACAUGCAACUCUAAUGCAAGUUAUUAUGAUGUGAAUUUAUAUCAAUAUGUUAGAGAUUACCAGUUUGCUGGAGGUUUUGUAAGUGUUCCUAAUGUUUAUACACCAUGGUACACAAACAACCAGUAUGAAGAAGCUAGUAUGACCACUCAGGCAAGUGGAACUCAGCAUUUUUUUGAUCCCAGAACAUGUCAGUCAAAUGACAUUAACCAGUCAGGUCAGUUCAGUGGAAGAAACUAUGUAAGAAAAAACAGCAGAAUAAAUCAAAUUAGAAAGACAAACCAACAGUGGGACAGUAAAAGAACUAAUGAAGGUGCUAGCAAUAGGAGUAUUAAUUCCGAUAGAAGCUUAAGCAGCCAAAGUACAAACAAUAAUAACAAUGAGUUACAAAUGUCUGAGUUAUCAGAACGACAACAAAGUGUAAAAAGUGAAUCAUCUGAAAUUGGGCCUAGAUCUGCAGAGUCAUUGUUUUCCGAAGCAAUGCAUGCGGAGGCAAAAUGUGAUAAUUGCAGUUCUAAAUCUAAUGCAGAGCUAGAAGAAUCUUCUAAAGGUUAUAGAAUGAAAAACAAACAUGUAGGUAUAAAUACAGAGAGAGAAAGCAAAAAUGAAAGUAACAAGAAAAAGGGGGUUUUUCUUGCAGUUAGAAAUAGGAGAGAAAAUGAUAGAACAUCAAAUGAACUAAUUGAAAGAAAUAUUACUCAUGAAUGUAAUAACUGUGAAAAAAUAAAUCAGAAGAGUGAUAGUUUUCAACAGUAUCAAACUAAAGGUCUUAGCCAAUCUGAAGUAUUUCCUAAAAAAGAAACAAGAAAGAACAAAAAAAUUUCUGAUUUAGAGACUAGGGAAGAAAACAUCACCAACAGUGAUGUAAAAAGAGGAAACAAUCACAGGACCAGAGAACAUGAUCAUACUUCAAAGAAAAGGGAGGAAAACAGAAAUACAAAUUGGUAUCCUGUAGCAAAUAGCUCUGAAAGAGCCAGAUAUAAAACCUACGAUAAUCACAUAGAGCAUGUUAGAAAAAACUUGGGCAUGGAAAAUGAGACAAAAUGUGGAAAAAACUGGAGAAGCAAGAAAUGGAAAACUUCUGAUGCUUGGACUGGGGAUAACUGGGGUAAAAAUAAAAACUUUUUUUCAGAAAAACAUUCAAGAAAAGUGAUGUCAGAAAAAAGUCCCCAUCAUUUAGAUGAUGCAUACAAUCAAAGGACUGGAAAAAAAACUAGCAGCAGUGAAAUGAGCCAAUCUUUACAAAUUCUCUCUGAAAAUGCUUCAAAGAAAAAUGAUGACCAUGAAUAUCAAAGCAACCAUCAUCGAAAGAAAUACAAGGGAAAGUUGUACUUGAAGACCAAAGGACUAAAAGGUUCACAAAGUGUUUGUAAUGAAGAUGAUGCCACACAGCGGGAUCUCCUAACUGACCAGCUUCAACAUGGAAAAUACGAGUGUAUGGUUUGCUGUGAAAAGGUUAGAGUUGACGAUGCUGUAUGGAGCUGCAUCAACUGUUUCCAUGUUUUCCAUCUACGAUGUAUCAGAAAGUGGGCUCGUUCACCAGCUGCAAUUGUAGCCGAAUCUUCAUGGAGAUGCCCAGCAUGUCAGAAUUUGACUCAGAAGGUACCAAAUCAGUAUUUUUGUUUCUGUGGGAAAGUGCGUGAUCCUAAAUGGAACCUGUAUGACAUACCUCACUCUUGUGGAGACAUGUGUGGUAAACAACGUUUAAUGUCUUCCUGCCAGCAUUGCUGCACAUUACAGUGCCACCCUGGACCUUGCCCACCUUGUACUAUGAUGGUUUCCAGAAAAUGUGAAUGUGAGAAAACAGAAAAGAAAGUUCGCUGUAAUCAGAGUGAAAGUUUGAUGUGUAGCGGGGUAUGUAACAAGCACUUAAAUUGUAAGCUCCACAAGUGUAGUCAACAGUGUCAUGCCGGGAGCUGUCCACCCUGUCAAGUUGAAUUGGAGCAAAUAAUAAUAGUAUGUCUAUUACAGAAACGUAACAUACAUUGUUUUCUUCCUGGGAUUUCAUGUGGGAGACCUUGUAACAAAAUCUUGUCCUGUGGUCAUCAUUGUUGUCAGCGGGUUUGCCAUCAGGGCUCAUGUGAGAAGGAGGACUUUAAGUGUUUGCAGAGCUGUAGCGUAUCACGAACAGUCUGUCAACAUCCUUGUGGUAGCCUAUGUCAUGAUGGACCAUGUCCAGAAACUGUUUGUAAGGCUUUAAUUACAGUGACAUGUCCAUGUGGCUUCAGGAAAGAAAAAAACACUUGUGGAGACAGUGGAAUAGGUUUCAAACAAUUAUCAGCAUCAUUAUUAGCCACAAAAAUGCAUGAUAUUCAGUCAGGGCAAAGUGUAGACAUCAGUGACCUUUAUGGAAAUAGUAAAAUUAACAAAUUCAGUAGAUUAGAGUGUAAUGAAGAGUGUGCAGUACGAGAACGAAACCACCGAAUUGCUUUAGCCCUCCAGAUUAGUAAUCCAGAUCUUUCAAGCAAGCCAGGUCCUCCCAAUUACUCAAACUUUCUAAAGGAAGAGACAAAGAAAAAUAUCUCUUUUGUUACCAUUGUUUAUGAAAAACUGACAGAACUGGUAGAGUUAGCUAGACAGUCAAAGAAUAAAUCAAGAAGUCAUUCUUUCUCAUCUAUGAACAAAACUCAACGACAAGUGAUCCAUGAGUUAGCUGAGUUUUUUGGCUGUGAAACCCAGAGCUUUGAUAAUGAACCAUAUAGAAAUGUUGUUAUCACAGCUUUUAGGAAUAGAAGCUUUCUCCCAUUUGUGAGUGUCAUGAGUGUAAUACAGCGAGAAAUGGGACAAAGAAAGGGGCCAACUCCAGUAGGCUACAAGAAACGAGAAAUGUUUUCUUCACCUGAUAUCAAUUCUUCCACCACUAAACCUUCUCAGCAAAUUUUUAGAGAGUCACAAAUUGAUUACUUUGAUUUUACCUCCUAAUUUUGGCUAAGUACACAAUACAGUAACAGCUUCAAUAAAGUUAUCAGGUGCUUGCAGGGCCACUGCAAGAUUCACACCAACCACAUUUUUUAAUGUGACCUUGUACAACUCAGUGCAACUCUUGUAAUAUGCCAUACAAAAAUGGUAUCAGCUUUUAAUGAAGACAAGCAUGAGUUAGCAUAUUACUGUAUGAAUGCCCAUUAAAAUACCAUUAAUAUGAACCUUAAAUUUAUCCAUUGGCAUCAUAUUUAUUUAUCAGUAUUUGCAGUGUUACUAAAAGGAUGAAGUGUCAUUAAGAUGAGCUAAACUGUUAAGAAAUCUUUGAAUUUAAUAGCCAUGGAAGAGCUGAAUUAUUGGGAAUUGGUAAACCCUCACUUAAUCAUUUUUUUGGAAAUAAUGACUAACACAAUUUAAUUUACAUUAAUAAUCCAUCAGAUUGUUUUUAUGGAUUUACUGAGUCGUUCUCCUUUAAAAAAGUAUUAAAGUUGCAGUAAUUGCAUCCAUAUUAAAACUUAAAGGAAAAUUAAGAAUGGGAGUGUUAUUAAUUUGUGUAUUUUACAUACAUAUAUUGUAAUGAAUAGGCAUAAAUUUAUAAACUUGAAAAAAUAUUUUCAAAUUAUAUAAACACACACAUACAUGCUUAAACAUCUUUACAUUAAGUUUUCCUCAGAGGUAAAUUAUAAAUGCUAAUAAUAACUGGUCUUAUUAGCUUAUCUUGUUAGCAAUUAAUACAUGUUAGUAGACCACAAGUAAUUUUAAAUAAUUGAACCUACAUGUGAAACAGGUAACUAACAAUUAUAGCCCAAAAAAUGAAAACAAAUAAUUCUUCUACAAUUUUCUCAUGUUUGUUUGAACACAGAUAUUCUUGCAACAAAUUUUCAAUGAAAAAAUACAAUUACAUGUGUAGCAGCAUAGCAAUGAAAUAAAAAUAUUAAUGUUA